AAAUGAAUAAUUAUAGAUUCUUUUAUUUAUAAAUAUUUAAUAUAAUAUCAAAUACAUAACAUAAAGUAGAUUUUUUUCCUUUCGUAUUUAAAGAUUAGUUUCCGUUUUUGAAGUUAAUAUCUAUAUUAUUUAAUCUAGAUUUUUAUAUAAAAGGGUAAGCCAAACAAUAUAAAAUAUACUCUAUCUAUCAUUUGAAAUGUCUUCUAUUCCAAAUAAGUUCAAUCUUCAUUGUGAUGAUACUAACAAUCGUGGUUUUUCCUCCAAACAAAUGAAUCAAAAUUCCAAAAUAGUUCAAUCGAUGUUCAUUACCUCGGAUCACACAAACCAUGGUGAUUUGUUUUCCUCAUCUCCUUCUUUAACUUUUUUUCAAAAUUCACAUGUUUCUUCAUCUUCAUUUGGAUUUAAAAAUUCACAUGUGAAAAAUCAAAUGAUGAGGAGAAACAUAAUUUCUGGUGACAAUUAUUUUCCUAUAAAAAACAAUCCUCAUUUUACCAGAGUUUCUUUCACACAAAGCAUUACAAAUAGGUAUACCGCUAUUGUUCCUACUAAUACACUUGACAUUGUACAAUAUGAUAUUCAACGUGUCAAACGUGCCAUGUAUUCCAAAACUAAUAUUUGGAAUCCUAAAUUUUUUCCUCCAAAUAUUUUUGAUAAACAGUGUGAACUUUUGAAUCCUAAACCUCUUAAUGUCAUUGUUCCGCGUCAAGAUUCUGCAUAUUCUCAACAUUUAGACAUGUUUUCAUUGUCAUCAAAACACAACUACAACCAACGUGUUCCUCAAUAUGGUUCUUUUUUGAAGAAAAUCUUGAAACCAACCAAGUUUUUUGGAACAAGUACUGAUUAUAUUGAGUCUGAAGAAAAUGAGAAAAGUAACGAUGAUCAGUAUGAUGGUCGGACACAUAGUCUACCAUAUGAAAAAUAUGGUCCAUAUACAUGUCCCAAGUGCAAUGGCGUAUUCGAUACUUCUCAAAAAUUUGCUGCACAUAUGUCAUCUCACUACAAGAAUGAAACGAGCGAAGAAAGAGAACAUAGACUUCGUGCAAAGAACAAAAGAAAAUAUUGUAAACUAAAUCACGAAAUUCAUGGUGAGUCUCAAAAGUCUAAACAAGAGGAUGUAGUCAACAACGGUGAAAAAAAUGACGAUAAAGCUUUCCAACAUCUUGUGAUCGUAAAAGAAGAGCUUGACUAGGAUUGUAUUUCCUUAAUAUCUUAUUUCAAUAUAUUCUAUUCAGAAAUGCUUAUUUGUCUUCUCAUUCUUGUGUUUCAUUAUAUUUGUUGUUAUAAUUCCGAAACCGAAACUGAACCAAAUUGAAUUCUCGGAUCAUAUAUAUAAUAAGAGAGUUUUUCU